GUCCUUUUUGAUAAAGCAAGUUACAUCCCCCCACUCACUAUACUCUGGUGUUCAAUCCACCUGUUUUAAUAGAAGCAAUAACGAAAAGAAGCUUCCAUUCCGCCUGAGCCUCCCCGCCGUACCCUCUACCGCAGACAUGUCUGACCCGAUCCUCUUCGAAGACACCUUCACUAUCACGUCAAUUAACGCUCAAAAAUACGAUCGCGUCUCUCGUAUCAGCUGUACGUCCACAGAUCAGCUAACCACCUUCACUCUUGACGUAAACUCUGAGCUCUAUCGUUGCGCGCCUGGUGAAUCUCUUUCACUCGCUCUCGCAUCCACAUUAGCGCUAGACGGUAAAGAUGAAGGUGCCGGAGGGCGAGCUGUUUGGAGAGACGUAGGUAUGGGCGAGACAACAUUGGCAAAUGACUAUGACUACGUGUGCUAUGGGAAAGUCUAUCGAUUUGAAGACAGUAGCACGGCGGGGAACAUGGCUGUCUUUGUUUCAUUUGGCGGAUUACUUCUGUAUCUGGAUGGACCAUACAAGAAGCUCAACCCGUUGAGAAUCGACUACGUUUACCUCUUGAUAAAGAAAUAAGCUCGAACAGCUUUGACCUUUUAAACCCGAUAAUACCACGGUCAGGUUAAUGCGGUAGUACGGGAUAAUACGGAACAACAAACGAAAUAAAAAGCUUAAGAGGAAAUACUCUCGGAUUUGCAUUUAGCGCCGGCGUUCUAUCUGGUUAGGUUCUAAAGUCUUUAAGGAAUCACUGUGUUUGUCUAAAUAAAUAAAAACAGGGAUGUU